UUUAAAGGUUACGUGAAUCCUUCACAUAUGUUAAUGAGCAGGCAAAUAUAUAAAAAGUAAGAUUUUCGAAGAAUUCAUCACAGUUGACUUGUAAUCGUACAAGAAGCUCUUAGAAUGGCACUCAAAGUUUUCGUAUUUGCUGCCAUUGUGGCGUUUGCGGCAGCUGCUGUUGCUCCAGUUCCCGCACCACUCCAUCCAGAGGAAUUCAACCCUCAUCCACAAUACGCAUUUAAUUAUGCCGUACAAGAGCCAACAACUGGUGAUUUUAAAACUCAAUCGGAAUCUCGAGAUGGAGGUACAGUUCAAGGAAGAUAUACCGUUCUAGAACCCAACGGUUUAGAACGUGUUGUAGAAUACACUGCCGAUGAUGUUAACGGUUUCAAUGCGGUCGUAAGUCACACACCAACCGGAGCAGCACAUGUUGCACCCGCGCCAGUUGCUAAAGUAGCGGCGCCUCUUCCGGCAGCAGUUGUACCAGCAAAAAUUGCAGCUCCAGUAGUUAAAGAAGUAAAACCAGUUCACCCAGUUGCCGCUCCUUUCGGAUUUGGACCACAUGGCUAUUCCGGUUACCCCGGAUACCCAGCUUACACAGGAUUCCAUGGAUACCGAGGUUACUCAGGAUACCAUGGAUAUCCAGGUUACACAGGAUACCCCGGAUAUUCCGGCUUCCACGGAUACCCCCAUGGACACCGUUCUCCAUUCUACUCUGGACAUCACCCAGGAUAUUAUUAGAUUGUUUGUAUUUAUUUAUUUAUUCUGUACCAGUUGCAAACAAAUUAAAUUGUAAUU